AUGCGGUUCAAACACCUGUCGGAGAGGGCUCAGUUAGCUCCUUCAAGAUCUCAAUAUAGCAAUUACGAAAGUUAUACUUAUGCAUAUGUAUCCUGGAAGACCACAACCCCUUACGCUAACUACCAAGACGUUUUAACAUCGCCAAGCCGUCAGGGCACUAGACCUGCCACUAGUGUUUUCUUUCUCGGUCUCAAGAAACACCACUCUCUUGGGCGCAACUCAGGUUUUCCUUCGAGUAAUCCUCUUCUCCCCCAGUCAACUUUCAAAGUUGCUUGGUAUAUGAGGAAUCGUGCUACCAGCAUUACUGAGUUUAUGAAGGCGAAUAGGGACAGUGGUAGCCGGCUGCUUUUGUUCGAUGAAACUCUGCUCAAAGACUCCCAAUCUAGUCCCUAUCUCAACGCCCUUUGCCCAGGCCGCCUGAUUUCAAGUUGGUGUGAGAUAGGUCAACGAGAGCUUCCCAUGCAUGUUGUAAUCAAGCCUGCAAACACAAUAGCUCUUCCCGACCUAUUCAGCGACGAAUACGACCAUCUUAAGGCGUCUAGACCGAGAGGGGUGCUUGGCCCAUUCCAUAAACGAUUUGAUGGAAGCGUCAGCGAACAUCAGACCGCCCUCCUACUUCCCUGUCGUCAAAACGCAAAUAUUAGUGGCUAUGGGAAUCCUCUGCUACCUACCUUCAAACUUACCCUGACAACGAUUCUUCCUCACGUCAUCUAUACUCCCACCGCUGACCACUUGAUUACACCAUUUCUUCCACACAACAUGCUUCCAUUCCUUUUUUGGAAGUCAGCCAAACCAGCCAAGAUUACCACUGCUGCAGUUCCAGGCAGACCCCUAACGAAGCCAACACGGCAGCUAGUGAUUCUAGCCACAAUCACUUUAACAUCCAUUCACUUGUCUACCAUAGCUUCUUCUUGUUCUUCUAAUAGCUCCACUGUCAAGGUCGACGACGCGAAACCUGUAAGAAGUGGUCCAUCGGACAUCAACCGUUCCAACCGAACCCCAACCAACUACUUGUUUAAUCUCAACAAUAACGAAGACAAAUCUGCCGUAAAAGUUACCAACCACAAGUUCCUGAGCGCCGCAAAGCCGCCUUACGAACGCCAUUGCUUUGUGAAAACACCUCUAACAACACCGCCGGUUCAAGAGUAUGCCCGCCAUCUAGAACUUGAGGAAAUGAAGGAUGAGUAUGGGACUCAGCUUCAGAAGAUGUUUUAUGAGCAAGUGAAAAAGAAGAUUAAGAAGGAGUUGGGCGGCCGGGGGAAUAAGGAUAAGACGCGGAAGGCUACGGGCAUACCUGAUACAGAAUACAUGGAUGUUUUCGAUGGCGCUGCUGCGCGUAGCCCCAUAUCUCCUAGUGCUGCUGACUCUGUUGUUACUGUUUCCAGGCCUAAACGUCUACCUCCCGCUCCACCAACCGCAGACUACAAUUGCACCACUGGCUCUCCCUUGCGCUAG